AUGCACUGGGCACGCUGGCCAGCAUGGCUGUCAGGCCGGGGGCUGCCGCUGUUGGGGGUAGUGCUGCAACAGGAGAGAGAGAAGAAGGGACCUCGGUGGAGGCACUGGAGGAGGGGGACCCACCCUUACUACGACCUCCAGGUGAAGGUGCUACGGGCCAGAAAUAUCCAGGACUCUGACCUGCUGUCCAAAGCCGACUGCUAUGUGCAGCUGCGGCUGCCCACAGCGUCCCCCAGCCCGGCCCGGACAAAGGCGGUGGCCAACUGCAGUGACCCGGAAUGGAACGAGACCUUCCACUACCAGGUCCACGGUGCUGUUAAGAAUGUCCUGGAGUUCACCCUGUAUGACGAGGAUGUCCUGGCCAGUGACAGGCUCUCUGUGCUCCUGUAUGACCUGAAGAACCUCAAGCCAGGCCAACUCCACAGGCACACAUUCCCCCUCAACCACCAGGAUUCCCAAGAGCUGCAAGUGGAAUUUCUGCUGGGCGAGAGCCAGGUGCCUGCCUCUGAGGUCAUCACCAAUGGGGUUCUGGUGGCGCAGCCCUGCCUGAGAAUCCAGGGUACCCUCGGGGGACAUGGGACAGCUCCCUGCCGAGAGUAUGGCCAUGGGCAGAUCCAGCUGACAGUGCCUGGAGCCUUCGAGAAGCCCCAGCUCUUGCCCUUGCAGCCUGCUGAGGGGGUGGACUCCCCAACCACCUUCACCUUCCAUGUGAACCCAGUGCUAAGCCCCAGGCUGGAUGUGGAGCUGGGAGAGAGGCUCACUGUCCUGCAGGCUGGCCCGAGUGCCGAGCUGGAGACGCAGGCCAGCACGCUGGGCGAGGGGAGCAUCCUCCUCUCCUCUUUGCCCCUAGGCCAGGAGGAGCACCGCUUCAUGACCCUGGGGGAGGGCCAGGAGGUGGCUCUGCGUUUGAAGGCAGAAAUGAGACGGAGCCUCAUCUCCGUCUGCACUCCGAAGGAACCAGGCCCUCGGGCAGCAGAGGCCAGGGCGUGCGCUUCCAAGGUGCCUGUGGUGGCCGUGCUGGGUUCUGGGGGUGGAACCCGUGCCAUGACUUCCCUGUAUGGUAGCCUGGCAGGGCUGCAGGAGCUGGGCCUCCUGGAUGCUGUGACCUACCUGAGUGGUGUCUCUGGGUCUACCUGGUGCAUGUCCACGCUCUACAGUGACCCAGCCUGGUCUCAGAUGGCCUUGCAGGCCCCCAUUGAGCGUGCCCAAGCCCGAGUCUGCAGCAGCAAGAGCGGGGCAGUAUCCAGCGAGCGACUACUAUACUAUGCCCAGGAAUUGGGGGCCCAGGAAAGCAGGGGCCACAGCACUUUCCCUAUUGGCCUAUGGGGCCUCUUAAUUGAGUAUUUCCUAUACCAGGAGGAGAACCCGGCCAAGCUGUCUGAUCAGCAGGAGGCGGUCAGCCGGGGUCAGAACCCUUACCCCAUUUAUGCCAGCAUCAAUGUCCACACCAACAUCAGUGCGGAGGGCUUUUCAGAGUGGUGUGAGUUCACCCCCUAUGAGGUCGGCCUCCCCAAGUAUGGAGCUUAUGUCCCCACCGAGCUCUUUGGUUCCGAGUUCUUCAUGGGCCAUCUGAUGCAGCUCCAUCCCGAGCCCCGGAUCUGCUACCUGCAGGGGAUGUGGGGCAGCGCCUUUGCAGCCAGCCUGAACGAGAUCUCACAGAAGACAAUAGGCUUGAGCCUCAGCUUCCUGGUGGACUCACACAGGGCCAGCGUGGACAUCAAGGAUGACUGCCAGCCUCUGCCACUGCAAGACCCCUUGAGGCUGCCCACGAAGCUCUUCACCCCGCAGGGGCCCUUCCUCCAGGCUGUCCUGGCCAUCUUUACCUCCCGCCUUACCUCUGCGGAGAACUUUAACUUCACCCGGGGCCUCUGCCUGCACAAGGACUAUGUGGCCGCCAGGGAAUUUUUGACCUGGAAAGACUCCCACCCGGAUGCCUUCCCCAACAAGCUCACGCCCAUGAGGGGCUGCCUGCACCUGGUGGACGGGGGCCUUUCCAUCAACUCCCCCUUCCCACUGGCUCUGCUGCCCCAGCGGGCCGUGGACCUCAUCCUGUCCUUCGACUACUCCCUGGAAGAGCCCUUUAAGAUCUUACAGGUGACAGAGCAGUACUGCUGGGACCGCGGGAUCCCCUUCCCCAGGAUUGAGUUGCGCCCUGAGGACUUAGAGCAACCCCGAGAGUGCUAUGUGUUCGCCCAGGCAGAGGACCCCCGCUCACCCAUUGUGCUGCACUUCCCCCUUGUCAACCAGAGUUUCCGCACACACCUAGCCCCAGGUGUGGAGCGGCAAACCGAAGAGGAGAGGGCCUUUGGGGACUUUGUUCUCAACGGGCCGGACACCCCCUAUGGCAUGACGAAUUUUACCUAUGAGCCUGGACAGUUUGCUCGGCUGGUGGCCCUGAGUCGAUACAACGUUCUGAACAACAAGGAGACCCUGAGGCAAGCCUUCCAGCUGGCUCUGGACCGGAGGCGGCAGGCUGGGGGCUGACUGGGGCUGUGUCCCCAAGAUGAGGCCCCCACCCCCACCCCACACACAAGCACCCUUCAUGCCCAAAGUGUUACAAUAGCUCUUUUGA